UCAGUGUUAAAGUGGCAUGAGAUUUGCAGAGGAGAACACUGUGACAGUCUGUGUUACACCUGCAGAGCUUUUCAUCUUUAAACCUCUAUUCAUACAGACAUGGACCUGACAUUGAUGCUGCAGUUCCAGCUGGUGGUGCUGCAUUUGGCCCUGGUGAUUGCCCUGCUGUGGUGGAACUCCAGCUCUGUGCUCCUUGCACAGGCAGCUCCAGAGCCUCUGGAGCCUUCUGCUGCUCUGGGUGUGGGAGACCAUCCCAUUGCCAGUGAAGAGAAGUCAGCCACCAACCUGGCAGCCAAACUGUUCCUUCUUGAUGACUUGGUGUCUCUGGAGAAUGAGGUGACUGAGACCAAGAAGAAAAGGAGCUUCCCAGGAUUUGGCUCCCCCAUUGACAGAAUUUCCUCAUCCUCUCUGGAUGCUAAAGGCAAACAGAGGAAAGUGCUGGAGCUGCCCAAGAGAAGGUUUGGAGUUCCUCUGGACCGGAUUGGAGUGAGCCACCUCGGUGAUACCAGGGCUUAGCAGCUCCUGCAGAUGCUUCUAUUCUGAAUCAGUGAUGCUGUAUUGGAAACAUUACAGAGUUUUGGAAGAUGCCUCACAGCAUGUCUUGUCUUUGCCUAAUGAUACAGCACUCAAGGAAUUGACCUCCUGCAAAAUCUGUUUCAAGUUGCAUUUUACAAAUGUUGUAUUUACAAAUAACAUGUUCAGUUCAUCAGGUCAGAAUGCUCACAGCUGUGCACAAUGUCACUGGUAGGAGGGAACAGAGAAUAUGUAUAUAUUUUUAUUGCAUGGCAUUUAUCUGUUAAACUUGCAGAAUUUUAUUAUCCCAGGCCAGACUGAGAUUUUUUGGAUUGAAAAUAAAACUUCCAGAGAUGCCAACAGCAGUCCAUGAAAAGCA